GCUGCAUUACGAUGUUUUGAGGAUAUUGCUGAUUCUGCGAGGUUUUACUUUAAUAUUGGAAUAAUCUAUGCUACAAUGGGUGAGCAUGAAGCAGCUUGCGAAUCGUACAAAGAAGCAGUAAAGCUCGAUCAAUAUUUUGCCGUAGCACAAUUUCAAAUGGGAGUUUCGUAUUUCCUCAUGGGCAAGUUUGAAUCCGCUCUCAUAGGCUUCAAUGACGCAUUUCUGGUAAUUAUAUAUGAUUCGCUGGCCGUUAAAUGGGGUGAUCAGUGGAAAUUGAAUCUACGUGGUAACAGUUUGAUCGAUUACGAACAGCUCGGUCUUAGAUUUCGUCUAUACAGUUGCGAAAUACUAUUUAAUCGAGGACUAUGCUAUUUUAAUCUUGGAAAGAUUGAAGAAGGAAUGGCCGAUUUUACAUAUGCGGCAAAGGAAAGGCAGACGGAGGAGCAUAACGUCAUUGGUGAGGCUGCAAAAAUUAAUGGACAGGGCUAUACCGUAUUUUCACUUCCAUCCGGCAUAAUUUAUCGUCCAUCCGAGGACAAACUAAAAACAAAAGAUAUUUUGGGGAAAGCAAAAGUUAACGCCUCUGAGUUUUCCGCAGCGCAGAAAGCAAAGAGAGCUGCAAACCAACAAGCACAGACUGUAAUUUUUAAUGGCCGGACAGUAUCUCCAUCAUUUCCCAUUUCCCAACGAAUAUCUCUAUCAACAAAUCCACGCUCUCCUCCUCCAUUCCCAAUAGCAUCUCAAUCCGCAUCGCUUUCUCGCCAAAACACAUUGAAUAGCCAAAACACAAUAUCUCGUCAGAAUACAUUGUCAAGUCUGAAUGCGCUCUCUCGCCAAACCACUCUUAACAGUCGGAACACACUUGCUGGUCAAAACAUACCCACAGCUCAGAACGGGCUAUCCAUGUCACUGCUCAACACCGAUCUCAAACGUGAUAACUAUACCUCUGGUUCCAUUUUAAUAAGCUAUAAUGGAUUUGCUGAUUCAAAUACACUUAGUGAUCGGUCAAUCAGUCCGACAGCUCCUCCCAAUUCGAACGUCAAUAGCAUGUCUUCUAUAACAGAUUAUUCGUUCUCGGGCGGCAAUGAAGAUGAUGACGAGGCAAUGUCAUCGUCCUUACCAUCGAUCACUAGACAGGCACCAAAGAAAACAUUUGUCUCCAAUCUUUUGGGAAUCGGCUUGCAGAGGUCGUUCUCUCUGUCAGGAGUGAAGUCAAUACGACAGAGAAAUCCGGCAUCAGAAGAUGGGCUAAACUCACCGUCAUCUAUUUCAUCUCCAAUUCCGUCACCACCGAAUGUACCAAUACUUCAAAGACCGCCGUCUCUUCGCAAGCAGACCUCAUUACCAUCAAUAUCAUCCAACACACCAGCCGUACAAGGAUUCACGGUAUAUCCGAGAAAGGGACAAAUAACACCACCGCCAGAGCCGGGGUAUAAUAGUAAAAACGGAACAUCUGGAUCCGCUCAGAAUGAUAAUAGCAAAGCGAACGGAGGACAACCGAGCCGAUCCAUGUCGGUUCGAAGAGGUCAACCUCCAUUCCCCAUACGUGGCACUCUUCGCGAGAGAAGCAACACCGAUUCUCGCGAAGUCUCUCCAAUUCCAAUAUCUCCGCUAUCACCUAAUGGUGUAACCAUACCGAUACGACGAAACACCAAAGCUCGUGCACAGUAUCUUCAAAAACAAUUGGGUGGUGGAAACAUCGACAGUCAACACGGAGGCUAUUCUUCAGAUGAAGCAUACGCCUCACCGCCAGAAGACUGGAAUAACAUAUACGAUUACGUGAUGAAUGAAGACUCGCCAAAAGAUUAUGAUCCGCGUGCAGAUGUUGAUCGAGUAAUACACAAAACAUCGAAAUCGGGCAAAUCUAAUCUCCUCAAAAUGCCGACAUCUCCGUACCCGACAUCACCGUCAUACCUGUCUCCGCAAACGGCCUCGUCGGAAAAACCGUAUGCAGACGUUAUUUUUUCGUCGACCAUGCCUGGAAGAGGAGGAAAUACGCAAAACAAGAAUAAUGAUAAUUAUUCGACUGGUGCGAGGGAGGAUGACAAGAUACGUAUUCGCGUCCACUACAAAGACACGCGCGCACUUUUAAUUCCGGCAACAAUAGCGUUCCCGGAAUUGAUACGACGUAUUCAAGAUAAAUUCCAAAUCACCAAUUCGAUCAAUUUACAAUACAAGGAUGAAGAUGACGAACUGGUCACAAUGAUUGAUCAAGAGGAUUUGGAAAUGGCGUUACCGUAUGCUGACAGUGGUAGGAUGGAUUUGUGGGUUCAUGAUGAAUAA